AUGCGUGACCCCUUCCCAUCGAUCCCGGCCCUGAGCCGGGCCAUCGAGCCUCUGGCCGAGCGCCUCGGCAUGCCGACGCUAUCGUUCCAUAUCCACGAGGUCGUCGGCGCCGCCCUGCUCUACACCUUCAUACAAGUCGUCGUCUCGCCCGUGCUCUCGACCCGCUUCUUCCCGCAACACUACCCGCGCCAUGACCGAGCCAAGAAGGCCAACUGGGACACUCACGUCGUUUCCCUCUUCCAGAGCCUGCUGAUCAACGUGCUGGCCCUGUGGGUCAUGUUCGUUGACAAGGAACGCCAGGCCAUGGACUUCGAGCAGCGCAUCUGGGGGUACACGGGGGGAUGCGGCUUGAUCCAGGGGUUGGCCACGGGCUACUUCAUCUGGGAUCUGGGCAUCACCAUCCUGAACCUGGACAUCUUUGGUCUUGGGCUGCUCGCCCACGCCGUCAGCGCCCUGGCGGUAUACACCCUCGGCUUCCGCCCCUACAUCAACUUCUACUCCCCCGUCUUCAUCCUCUACGAGCUCUCCACCCCCUUCCUCAACAUCCACUGGUUUUUCGACAAGCUCAACAUGACCGGCUCCAAGCCCCAGCUCUACAACGGCAUCGCCCUGCUCGUGACCUUCUUCUCGUGCCGCCUGGUGUGGGGCACGUACCAGUCCGCCCUCGUAUACGCCGACAUGUGGAAGUCCCUGACGCAGGUACCCUCGGCCGAGUACCUGGCCCGAGCUUUCGCCGACCCGACCACGGCCGCGGACCCCAACACCAACCCCAUGUACUUUGCGCGCGACGCGCCGCCCAUCCCCGUCGCCCUGACCGCCGUCUACCUGGUCAGCAACCUCACCCUCAACUCGCUCAACUGGUUCUGGUUCGUCAAGAUGGUGGCCGCCGUCAGGAAGCGCUUCGAGCCCCCCAAACCGGGUGCCGCCGCUGCCGCUGCUGCCGGGAAGCGCGAGGCCGUGCCGGUGGAGGCUGUCUCGCGGUCGAAGGCGACCGGUCUGGAUGAGAAGGAGCGCCUUGUGGCGAGGCAACGUAGGGCGCCUUCGAUUAUUGAGGAUGUGGUGCCUGAUACGGAGGAGUUGAGGGAGGGGACUAUUCAAUGA